UAAUGCUUGUAUCAUUCGUUCAAACUCUUGUCACCCUUGAAUAAUGUCGACAUUUUUCUCUCAUUCUCCUUCUCUCUCUGCAUAUACAUACACACUUUUUUCAUCACAAAAACAACCCAAUUCCAAAUCCAAACAAACCCCAGGGAUCGAUCCUGCGCGGCCCAUCUGCGUGCUGCAGGAUAACAAAAUCCCAUUCAGUCAUUUUCCCCACAAUGUGUCAUCACCUCUUCUUGAUUUCUUCAAGUUUAUAGAGAUUUGUGUCGUUUUAUGCAGUUCUGAUCAUUACCCUUUUCAAGAUUUGUUAUAAUUUUAAGACCCAUGUCAUUUAUUGAGGAAUUGGCUCCGGGGUUUUGGCUUGGGCAGCUGAGUGGCAAGAUCUCGGGACACACAAGAUCUUUUUCUGGCUCUUUGGUGCAGAAAAUUUCUGAAUCUGUGUCCACGGCUACUUGUGGCGGCAGUGGUGGUGAAAUGGAUACUUGUCGUGAUGAGAAAGCAGCUUUGUUCCUCAAAAUGUUGGCUAUUGCCGCCAUACUCUUUUUUGGAGUUUGUGGAGUAGCAACGCCAUUGAUUGGCAAGAAACGUCGUUUUCUGCAGACAGACUCGAAUUUGUUUUUUGCCGCCAAGGCUUUCGCUGCAGGUGUCAUACUAGCAACCGGAUUUGUUCACAUGUUACCGGAUGCUACAGAAGCCCUUACUGAUGAGUGUUUACCGACAAACCCCUGGUCCAAGUUCCCAUUCUCAGGAUUUUUUGCAAUGAUGGCUGCACUUAUCACAUUGGUUGUUGACUUCGUUGCAACUCAAUAUUAUGAAAAAAAGCAAGAGAAACAGAUUCCUUCCCUUGUGGAUUCUGUUGAUAUAGUAUCAGGAUCAGGGGCUGUGCCUGUAGAGACUAACGAGAAUAGUGGAAAAGUCUUUGGUGAAGAGGUUGGAGGAGGGAUGCACAUUGUGGGCAUGCAUGCUCAUGCUGCUCACCAUAGUCAUAAUCAUUUGCAUGGACAAGAGGCUUGCGAUGGCCACAUGAAACAGCAAACUGAUUCACACUCCCAUUCCCACUCGCACGGGUUUGGUGGGGACGUCGAGAGUAGCAUCAGGCAUGUUGUUGUUUCACAGGUUUUGGAACUUGGAAUUGUCUCACACUCGAUUAUCAUUGGACUUUCACUUGGAGUUUCACAAAGUCCUUGUACCAUAAAACCCUUGAUCGGUGCAUUAGCUUUCCAUCAGUUCUUCGAAGGGUUUGCACUUGGAGGCUGCAUAUCUCAGGCUCAAUUCAGCACCUUCCACAGCUCAAUGAUGGCAUGCUUUUUUGCAAUAACAACACCCGUGGGAAUUGCUGCCGGGACUGGUCUCGCAUCAUUUUAUAAUCCCAACAGUCCAAGAGCGUUGGUGGUAGAAGGCAUCUUUGACUCCGUAUCUGCUGGUAUAUUAAUCUACAUGUCUUUAGUAGACUUAAUUGCUGCGGAUUUCUUGAGUAAACGAAUGAGUUGCAAUGUCAGACUCCAAGUUGCAUCUUAUUUUGCACUUUUCCUUGGAGCUGGAUUGAUGUCAUGCCUUGCACUUUGGGCUUAAGUAAACUUCAAUCUUCUUUCAUUGCAUCUCUGUUUCUGUUGUCUUCUUUCAACAAAUAAUCGAUAUAUCUUCUUACUUCUUUUGUUAGUCGUUGUCUUCUUAGGUGUUAUUUGAAGAUGAAAAUAGUUGUCUACUGAUCCCCAAAUUCCUUCGCAGCUCUAAAGGUAAAGAAAUGAAAUUGCAGUUUUUUUUUUCCUCACUA